UCUCUGAGAAGCCCGCCCUGUAGGAGGAGCCCGGCAGGCUGGUGCAGCACUGCUUAUAGAGAGCGGGCAGAAGCGGCUCAGUUCAGUCUCCGGCAGGCGGAGGGAGAGGAAGGGAUCGGCUGUGGAUUGUUCGUUCCCUUGGGUUCUGUCUAUGAGGCUCCGGUACCCAAGGCUCUGCCAGGCUUCAGGAUCUCUCUUGCUAAUCUUCUCUUUCCCGGACUCUUCUUCUCGGCUUGUGUGCUCACCUUAGCAAUGGAGAAGUAUCUGCCCCAGCUGCUGGCUGAGAAGGACGCCCUGGACCCCUCCUUCACUCAUGCGCUCAGGAUGGUGACUGAAGAAAUUGAAAAAAUACAGAAGGGGGAAGAGAACACAGACAGCACUGACGAAGACCAAUAUAUUGAUGUGGUGAUUAAUAAGAACAUGAAGCUGGCACAAAAAGUACUAAUCCCUAUUAAACAGUUUCCUAAAUUUAACUUUGUUGGUAAACUCUUGGGUCCCCGUGGCAAUUCUUUAAAAAGAUUGCAAGAAGACACACUGACAAAGAUGUCCAUACUGGGAAAGGGGUCCAUGAGGGAUAAAGCCAAGGAAGAAGAGCUCAGAAAAAGUGGAGAAGCAAAAUACUUCCAUCUUAAUGAUGACCUUCACGUGCUCAUUGAGGUCUUUGCACCUCCGGCAGAAGCCUAUGCCAGGAUGGGGCAUGCUUUGGAAGAAAUCAAGAAGUUCCUUAUACCUGACUACAAUGAUGAAAUUAGACAGGCACAGCUGCAGGAACUCACUUACCUGAAUGGUGGAUCAGAAAAUGCAGAAGUCCCAGGUGCUCGCGGGAAGCAGUCUGUUCGCCCCCGGGGGGCACCGGUGUCCGCGUUGGCAAGAGGAGCACCGGCCCCCAGAGGAGCACCGGUCCCAAGAGGAGUACCGGCCCCCAGAGGAGUACCGGCCCCCAGAGGAGUGACCCCUGCAAGGGUACCAUCUGUAAGAGCUCGGGGAAUAUUGGCCACACGAGCAAGAGGACUACCUCCUCCUGCAGGUUAUCGACCCCCACUGCCAGCACAAGAUACGUAUGGAGAAUAUGAUUAUGAUGAUGGCUAUGGAACGGCAUAUGAUGAACAAAGUUAUGAGUCUUACGAUAACAACUACACUUCUCAAGUACAAAGCACGGGAGAUUUUUAUGAAUAUGGACAUGAAAUUGGUGAGGAAUCAUAUGACUCGUAUGGGCAAGAAGAUUGGGCAAACAACAGACAUAAAGCCGUUUCUUCAAGAGUCACAAAAGGAGCCUUCAGAGAACAACCAUAUGCAAGAUACUGAUUGUACAGUCUGACGUGAAUUAAACCUUCUCCAGCCCUCUUUACUGUUCAAAGUAAUUUUUUCUACGAAAGCUCAUUCCCUUUUUAUUAAAACCGUUCCAAUGGAUGGACUGAAACUAAACCAAUUUUUUUUUUCUUUUUAUCAUUGA